UGGCCACCGUCAGACGUGGGGAACUCCGGCCGCGCUCCUGACCUGCCACCUGACCGCCGGGACCAUGGGGUGCUGCCCAGGGGACUGCUUCACCUGCUGCCCUCAAGACCAAGACUGCUGUGAAGUGUGCUGCUGCCAGCCCGCCUGCUGUGGUUGCUGCGGUUCCUGCUGCGGCUGCUGCGGUUCCUGUUGCGGCUGCGGGGGCUCUGGCUGCGGGGGCUCUGGCUGCGGAGGCUGCGGAGGUGGCUGCUGCGGGUCCUCCUGCUGCGGCUCUGGCUGCGGGGGCUGCGGCUCUGGCUGCGGGGGCUGCGGGAGCGGCUGCUGCGGGUCCAGCUGCUGCGGCUCGUCUGGGUGCUGCGGGCCCGUCUGCUGCCAGCCUACGCCUGUUUGCGAGACCAAGUGAAGCCCUCUGCCCCCUCCGCGGAGGUGGCCCAAGCAAAGCCUCCACUUGCUGCAGGUGGAGACCCCUUGUCUCCAGGACAUCCCUGGCUCCCAAGACAGCGUCCUGCCUCCGUGUUAUUUGUAGACGAGGGCUUGUUCUCCCAACGCCUGCCCUGGUAUUUCAAGGCCUUGAGAACAAGAGCCAUAUGCUUGUGAGGAAUGGAAGCUGGGUCCCAUCCAAAGUGAUCCCCGAAGCUCACAGGGUGAAUCCCCAUGGCUUUAUUUUCAUGGACUUAAAUGUCUUGUCACUAUAAGACAUCGUCUUACUCAAGGUGGCUUUGGGACUGACCCUCCUCCUCAGCUUUCUGCUGCUUUCGAGUGCAAAAUUUUCUCUUUGUUAACUUCUUAAUAAAUUCGAGCUUGCUGGCAUAACUGAA